UUACCAUAGCCUCUCGGGAGACGGCAUUCAUGCACAGCAUAACGGCUGCAGGUGUUGUCCACGCCAUCGCCCGGGCCUGUAGGGACGGACAGCUCUCACACUGUGGAUGUAGUCGUGCGGCGAGGCCUAAAAAUUUACACCGGGAGUGGAUAUGGGGCGGAUGUGGUGACAACAUUGACUACGGAUACAAAUUUGCCAAAAGCUUUGUGGACGUGAAGGAAAGGGAGACCAACUAUGCGAAGGCGUCCCGAGACCAGGGAAGGAAACUCAUGAAUUUGCACAACAAUGAGGCGGGUCGUCGA